AUGUUACGCCUCCUCGCCUCGGACGAAAUCGGGUACGUGCGCGCCCUCGAGCGCGGUCGUCGUCGUCGGAGCCGCGACGAGGACGACGACGAAGACGCCGCCGCCGCCGCGUUGGACGCGAACGACGACGAUGAAGAGUUAACGUUGGUGGGGAAAUACGGCGCGUUAGACCGCGCUCGAGCGUGCGUGCGCGUGCGAACGGUCGUGCGCUCGAACGCGGGGGAGGCGAGCGCGUCGCGCGCGGUGACGUGCGCGCGAAGGGGCGGAGUGGUGGAAUUCAUGGACGCGGCGAGCGGGACGCGCGCGCGCGCGGGGUUCGCGGUGACGCUGAAGGAUGGAGCGACGCUCAUCGACGCGUACGGAUGGUGUGAUUCGAUUGAGAGUGAAGUGACGAAGGCGGUGACGGUGGAUGACGGUGGGAACGUGCGAUCGCACGCGUGGGAGGCUUCGCGCGGGGAGGGCGGGACGUGGACGGAGACGGGCGCGUUUAAAGCCAUGGAAAACGCAGUGAGCAGUGAUUACGACGCUCAUCUCGGAUCGCUCGUCGUCGGCGGUCGCGGACGUGGAUGUGAUGUGAUGAUUUACGACGUCGCGCACGGGACGAGGACGUUCAAGGCGGGGUAUCCGCCCGCGAACUGGUUGGGAUACACGGCGCCGCCGUGGGUGAGCGCGUCGUGCUUCGCGGCGACGAGCGAGUGUAAGCGCUUCUUCGUCGGCACGGGCGAACAUAGAUUUAGACAUUACGACACACGCGCGUCGGACACGGCGGUGCUGGAUUUGGAUCUGGGAAAGGGGGUGAUAACGUGCGUCGCGAGCUCGCUCGACGGUCGCGAGGCGUACGUGGCCAACGCGCGCGGCGCGUUCGAAAUCGUCGAUCUUCGCAUCGGGAAAACGCGCGGGAAGUUCAAGGGGAACUCUGGAAGUAUUCGUGGGAUCGCUGUUUCCGACGAUGGCGCGCACGUCGCGUGUGCGGGAUUGGAUCAGUACGUGCGGGUGUACGACGCCAAAUCGCGCAAGUGCGUCGCGAGCGCGUACGCGAAACAGCCGCUCACGUCCAUCGUAUUCGACUCGUACACGCCGGCGAUGGAGGCCAAGAAGGCCAAGGCAGCGAAGAAGAAAUCUAAGAAAUCGUCGUCUCGCGAGCUCGACGUCGACGUCGGUGUUGAGAAGAAGAAGAAGAAAUCUAAGAAAUCGCUCGUAGACGAAGACGACGCGAGCGUCGAGCGGAGGAAGAAGAAGAAGAAAUCCUCCUCGUCGUCGUCCAAAAAGCUCGGUGUCGUGUUCGAUUGA